UGUAGUUUUUCCCGCAGUUUGGCGUCCACACGGACUGAUAUAAAAAAUAUUAUACAAAUUUUCUAUGAAUUUAGAUCAAUAGGACAUUACAAUCCCCGUAUGUUUUGUUCCUCAGUGAUGUUCUAAUGGACAGAAUAUGUUUGUUCUGUGAUUGUUUUGUUUGAUAGCUAGUGCCGUGGCGGUUUUGUAAACACGGGAAACGGGACCCACGUCUAUGACUUAUCAUUGGCAGUAUGGCGGAAAUAGUGUACCCGCAAGGCUGCAGGCCUAUCACCGAUGACCUAGGACCCGAUGAGCUCGUGCGGAGACUUAAGGCGUUGGCACACACCCUUCAAGGUUUAGGUCAAGAUGAGGGAAUGUACCAGCAGUACAUUCCUCUGGCCCUCCACCUGGCCGACGAAUUCUUCCUCACCAACCCCUCCCGUGAUGUCCAGCUGCUUAUAGCCUGCUGCAUCGCGGAUGUGUUGCGUGUGUACGCGCCUGAAGCGCCGUACAAAGAUCAGGAGCAGGUGAAGACAAUAUUCCUGUUCCUAAUCAACCAGCUGCAAGGUCUCCGUGACCCGAAGGACCCGGCCUUCAAGCGUUACUUCUACCUGCUGGAGAACCUGGCUUACGUCAAGUCGUUCAACAUGUGCUUCGAGCUAGAAGACUGCCAGGAGAUAUUCUGCGCUCUGUUCUCGCUCAUGUUUAAGAUUGUCAACACGGAGCACUCAUCCAAAGUGAAAUCCUUCAUGCUGGACGUCCUCUGCCCACUCAUCACGGAGUCCGACGUGGUCUCCAACGAGCUGCUGAACGUGAUCCUCAUGAACCUCGUGGAGCCCAACAAGCGCGAGAGGAAACACGCGUAUGCGCUGGCCAAGGAGCUGAUCAGCAAGACUAGCGAGACCCUGGAGCCUUACAUACAAGCGUUCUUCAACCACGUCCUAAUCCUCGGCAAGGAAGAGAAAACCCUCCUCAUCUUCUCCAAAGUAUACGAGCUUAUCUACGAACUGAACCAAUGCUGCCCCUCCAUCCUCAUCGCCGUGCUACCCCAGCUCGAGUGCAAGCUCAAGUCAGCGCAGUUCCAAGAACGACUCAGCGCUGUAGCAUUACUUGCUAGAAUGUUCUCCGAACCCGGCUCAGGACUCGCCAAACAGUACCCAGCUCUCUGGCGGGCCUUCCUAGGACGCUUCAAUGAUAUAGCAGUACCUAUAAGGAUCAAAUGUGUCCAGUACUGCAUGCACUUCUUAGUGCACCAUCCGGAUUUAAGAAAAGAUAUUACUGAAACGCUGAAAAUGCGACAGCAUGACGCUCACGAACAAGUUAGGUAUGAAGUCGUUAUGGCUAUUAUAGCUACCGCUCAGAGAGAUUUCCAAGCUGUAGCUGAAUCGGAAGACCUACUGCAUUUUGUAAGAGAAAGAACUCUUGACAAAAAAUUCAAAAUCCGCAAAGAAGCUAUGUCGGGUUUAGCUAUGAUUUACAGAAAAUUCUUGACCGAAGAAAGUGUGCCGCCUGCUACAGAAAAGGCAGUACAAUGGAUUAAAGACAAAAUCCUUCAUGGAUACUAUAUGACUGCUCUCGAAGACAGAUUACUCGUUGAAAGACUGUUAAACACUUCUCUCGUUCCUUACACACUACCGCCUCAAGUUAGAAUGAAGAAGUUGUACUAUCUAAUGUCAAAUGUCGACGCUAAUGCUACUAAAGCGUUUAUAGAGCUGCAAAAACAUCAGUUGGCAGUCCGUCGGACAGUGGCCGAGUGGGUAGAGCUGCAUAGAAAGCCACCAACCCCAGCGGUGCAGAAGGAAUUGAUCGCUAAAGUGUUGCACAUAAGUUCCAAGUUCUUGCCGGAGUCGGUGAAGGCUCAGGAGUUCUUGAACAAGUUCUCUGCUCAUAUGAAACAGGCGCCUGAGCUGCUGCAGGGCAUGGAGAUUAUACUGAACCCUAAUGUUAGCUGUGAAGUGUGCGUUCGUACUACGUCGAACGUGCUAAAGAAACUCGGCCAGCCCGUGAUGACGAACCUCUACUACAACACAGUGAAGAUGCUUCUAGAACGCGUCAGCUCCGUUAUGAUCGACCACGAGGCGCUGCUCAUUCUUGUUGGUUACGUGGAGGGCGCUUGCAGGGGCUCUGAUGACUCCAUCGCUGAGGAGUGUGGCACAACACUGAAAGUGGCAGCAGAGCGCGGCCUGAAGCUCCUAGUGAUGCUUUCCUUCGUGUUCCCGGCUCACUUCUUACACUCAGACGUGCUGGAGCGACUCACAGCCCUUCUAGAACACGAGGACGAAACUGUGGCACCACAUAUUCUUGCGGCACUGACGUUCCUUGGGAAAUACCGCCCGCUGAGCGAGGCGUGUCCAUCUCUGUUUCCGCGACUGAUCAAGCUGUGCAAGGCUUACGCCGAAAUCGGCACGCCCAAACAGGCCAAGAAUGCUGUUAGAUGUCUAUUCGUCAACGUCCCAGAGCAACGCUCAGCCAUCUUCACCGAAAUCCUGGAGACUCUAAAGGCCACUUUGACUCCCCACUCCGAGCAUUACCGCACCGCCAUAGUGACGCUGGGACACAUCGCUCACAACCUGCCAGAGAACUUCCCGCUUCACAUCAAGAACAUCGUCUCCAGAAAGAUCGUGAAGGAGCUCCUAGUCCGCGAAGGCGGCGGCGGGCCGAACGCGCCCGACGACGAAUGGUGCGCCGAGGAGGACCUACCCGAAGAGACCCGAUGCAAGCUCGAGGGGCUCAAGUGCAUGGCGCGAUGGCUGCUCGGACUGAAGCGAGACGAACUGUCCGCUCAGAAGACUUUCAGGAUGCUGAACGCGUUUAUAGUGCACAAGGGGGACUUAUUACAGCAAAACCAGCUGUCCAAGGCGGAGAUGGCGUGGCUGCGGCUCGGCGCGGGCGCCGCCAUGCUGAAGAUCUGCGAGCAGAAGGGCGUGGGCGACCAGUUCACCGCGGAACAGUUCUACAACCUCAGCCAUCUCAUGAUCGACCCUGUACCACAAGUCAGAGAAGCAUUCGCAGCGAAACUACACAAAGGACUUUCAAAGGGCAUCCCGAACAAAUGCCUGCCGCUGGAUUUCAUGGGCAUGUACGCUCUGGGAGGAAGGGAGCCGGAGCGGCGCCUGCGCGGGCUCGUGCGCCAGUACAUGCUGGCCGACGUGGUGCGCCGGCGGGAGUACAUUCGCAACAUCACCGUCGGCACUAAAGUCGAACGAGCAGUGUCCCAGUUGCCACACAUCCUGCCGGACUAUAUGCUGGUAUUCGCUGUGCCGGUCCUCACACACGACCCAUUCUUCGACACGUAUGACAACGUAGCACAGCUUAAGGUGAUGAAGCAGUGUAUCUGGUUCGUGUUAGAGCCGCUGAUCACCCGCAACGAUUUCUACUGCUACGGCUUCUACAAGAGUCUCGUCGAGCGCAUGAAGAACCACAAGGACGCUCUCAAUGAAUCCGACGAUAGCUUCAACUAUAAAAUGUGGGCUAUCUGCGACCUAGCCAUGUCUGUAAUCUGGGCGCGUUCGGCCAGCUUUGAGAUGCGAGAUUUCCCCUCCGACGCGCGCAUUCCUACCAUGUACUUCGCGCCACAGAACGAGUUCUUCGUCAACACUCGCGUGUUCUUACCGCCUGAACUGCAGUUCCAGCCGAAGAAGCCGCUGUCGGCGACCGAGGCGCCGCGCGGCAAGAAGCGCGCGCGCCCCGCCGACAACAUCGACACCAACGACGUCGAGCUGCCGCUGGCGCGCGCGGGCAGCCCGGACGCGCGCCAGCCCGGGGUCAUUGACCUCAAGCCGUCAGAAGCGUCGGACACGCAGAUCCAGCUGCCCGGCCUCGAGCAGCCGCCCGACAGCGACGUGGACGAGCCGCCCGGCAAGCGCGCGCUCGCCGAGUGAACCCGCGCCGACCACGCCGCGUGUGACACACACUAACAAAUAUAUUCAAUCCACAUCUACUAAACGGCAACAACUGUGCACUCACACCCGGAUCUAGGGGGGAGCGGGGCCCUCGCCCCGGGCGUCAACUCCGAGAGGCGCAAUAUUUUGUCAUUUUUUUUAGUUUUGCCCCCCCCCUCGAAAGUCUAGAUCCGGUACUGCGUGCACUCACCGAGUGAACAUACAUCUGACGAGACUAGCUAUCUACAAAUCUGUGCAAAGAGGGUAUAAGUUUCGUACAGCUCCGGUUUCAAAGAACAUAAAAUUUUCUGUUGUUUUUUUUUCGUCACAAGACGCAACGUAUUUAGGACAUAUUCAGUUCUAUUAAAUUUAAAUUAAAUUGGAACGAAAUUGCAUUUGUUUUGAUUCGUUCCAUUUUUAAAAAACAAUAAAUUAAACUAAAUUGCAGUGGCAAACUUCUGUUUUUUAAAUUUACAUGGCUGGGCAUUAAGAGGUUAAAUUAAGGCUGCCCUGCCGGCGUAGCCGAAUGGCAAUCGUCGACGCCGUACGCCGACAGAAAUGCAGUCUGGCUCUAUCGUGCCAAUACGCAAGAGCGAUAGUGAUAGAUAGCUACGAAACAGAUAUUAUCGUGAGCGUUUGUGCAUCUGAUUACGUACCCUGGUAAGAUCUCCACACCAUUUUGAACCUGAGAUGCGAGAACCUUGAACCCCUUUUCUGCUAGGAUCAUAGAGAUAUGUAUACAUCGACAGA